AUGUUUACCUUCGUUAAGGGUGUUGUUCCUAAAGCGCAGCGCUUAUGGUCUCGUCCUAACCUUUCUUCCUUUAUCCGGUCUCUUUUCGUCCAGAUAAAGGAAACUCCGAAUCCAGACGUGCAGAAAUUUCUUCCUACACCUAGUAUUUCUGUCCUUCCCUCAGAAUUCGGGCAUACUAUGGAAUUCAAUACUACGAAGGAAGCGCGCGCUUCUCCCCUUGCCAGUAAAUUAUUCGACAUUCCUGAAGUCAAAUCCGUCCUUCUCGGGAAUGAUUAUAUAUGUGUAACACGCCAAAAAGGUGUCGAGUGGGAAUAUUUGAAUCCCGCGAUCUUCCACACCAUUUUAGACUUUUUCUCUUCUCCGGACCAUGAAGCGGUUGUUCUCAAGCCGGACGAAAUCCCCGAAGAUCCGAACGAGAUCAAGGACACGGACAGCGAAGUGGUCCGUCUGAUCAAAGAGCUUCUGGACACGCGAAUUCGCCCUCGCAUCAAAGCAGAUGGCGGCGAUAUUUUCUUCCACACGUUCGAUGAGUCGUCUGGCGAGCUGCUAGUGCGGAUGACGGGCGCGUGCAAGGGCUGCGCGAGCAGCAGCGUGACGCUGAAGCAGGGCGUGGAGCAGAUGAUGAAGCAUUACAUUCCGGAAGUCGUGACGGUGAACAGCGUGGAGGACGAGGAAGAGUCGGAGGAAGUGAAGAAGGCGAAGGCGGAGGCGGAGAAGAAGCUGAAGAGGGAGUUUGAGGAUGAAUUGGCGGCUGCGAUUGCGGAUGAGAUGAAGAAGAUGAAGACGAAGAAGAGUAGGAAUGGGAGAGAGCUGUGAUGAAUUGAUUUGAUUUGAU